AUGGUGGCAGUGGUUGCUGUGAAUGGCGGAGGAGGUGGUUCUUCCGGCUCGGCUGAGCAGUUGAGCAGUUGUAGUAGGAGGCAUGAUACAGCUGGUGAAAAAGAACUCCACCAUGAUGGGAGUAAACUUAAAGUGGAGGAUACGAAGUUAAUGAACAGUCUAGUUGAGGCUGAAGAGGAAGAUCAUGUCAAAUUCUUGAGGAGAUUGAGAGAGAGAAUUGAUAGGGUAGGGAAUGAGUUCAUACCAAAGAUUGAAGUACGAUACGAGAAUUUGUUGGUUGAAGGAUAUGGAUAUGUCGGUGACAGAGCUCUUCCUUCUCUGUAUAAUGUCACCUUCAAUUCAAUCGAGAACACACUUCAAUUUAUUGGGCUCGCUCCUUCCAAGAAGAAAAAAGUGAAGAUCCUUCAAUCCAUUAGUGGGAUCAUCAAACCAUCAAGGAUGACACUACUUCUAGGUCCACCAGGUGCAGGUAAAACCUCAUUGCUGCUAGCACUUGCAGGGAAAAUGGAUCAUGAUCUCAAAGUGUCUGGAAAUGUCAGCUAUUGUGGUCAUCAACUAUCAGAAUUUACUCCUCAAAGAACUUGUGCUUAUAUAAGUCCACAUAAUCUUCAUACUGGGGAGAUGACAGUGAGAGAAACGUUGGAUUUUUCAGGAAGGUGCUUGGGUGUUGGGCUAAGAUACAAACUACUUGCAGAAAUCUUGAAGAUGGAAAAAAAUGCAGGAACCAAACCUGAUCCAGAUAUCGAGGCAUUUAUGAAUGCCACAACAAACCCAGCAAGAGAAACCAAUUUUGUCACUGAAUAUGUUCUCAAGAUACUUGGAUUGGAAACUUGUGCUGAUACUAUGGUUGGUGAUCAAAUGAGAAGAGGUAUCUCUGGGGGAGAAAAGAAACGUGUCACCACUGGAGAGAUGUUAGUUGGGCCAGCAAAUGUCUUUUUCAUGGACGAAAUAUCAACAGGACUAGACAGCUCCACUACUUAUAGCAUCACCAAGUUCUUAAGACAAAUGGUACAUGUAAUGGAUUUAACUAUGGUGAUAUCUCUUUUGCAACCUGACCCCGAGACAUAUAAACUUUUCGAUGAUGUCAUACUAAUGUCAGAAGGCCAGAUUGUCUAUCAAGGUCCUCGCGAAAAUGUCCUUGAGUUUUUUGAGUGGAUAGGAUUUAAAUGUCCUGAAAGGAAAGGCGUAGCUGACUUCCUUCAAGAGGUUACAUCAAAGAAAGACCAAGAGCAAUAUUGGUUUAAAGCAGAUCAACCAUACAGAUUCAUUACAAUCCCUGAGUUUUCACAAGCAUUCAAGUCUUUCCAUAUUGGACAAAAACUUGAAACCGAUAUUCAUAUUCCUUAUGACAAAUCUAAAACACAUUUAGAUGCAUUGUUCAAAGAAAAGUAUGGCAUAUCUAAUCUUGAAUUACUUAAGGCAUGCUUCGAUAGGGAAUGGUUGUUAUCAAAGCGUAACUCAGUGCUUUAUAUAUUUAAGACAUUCCAGUUGACAUUUAUGUCAUUGGUAGGCAUGGCGAUGUUUUUUAGAACUGAAAUGCAUGUGGGAAAUAUGGAGGAUGGAGGGAAGUUUUUUGGCUCACUGUUUUUUGGUCUGCUUAUUGUGAUGUUUAAUGGGAUGGCUGAGCUUGCAUUGACAGUGAUGAGGCUUCCAGUUUUCUAUAAACAAAGAGAUGCAUUGUUGUAUCCUGCCUGGGCUUUUGCUCUUCCCAUUUGGUUACUUAGAAUCCCUUUGUCUUUAAUGGAAUCAGGAAUUUGGGUGGUUCUUACGUAUUACACAAUAGGGUAUGCUCCAGAUGCCAUCAGAUUUUGUCAACAGUUCUUGACUUUCUUUUCCAUACAUCAAAUGGCUCUAUCUCUUUUUCGAUUACUUGCUGCUAUAGCAAGAACAGAGGUACUUGCAAAUACCUUGGGGGCCUUCAUUAUGUUGUUGAUAGUCACCCUUGGAGGAUUCAUAGUGGCUAAGGAUGAUAGCGAGGUAUGGAUUUCAUGGGGAUUCUAUGUUUCUCCUAUGAUGUAUGCUCAGAAUGCUUUGGUUUUAAAUGAGUUUCUUGACAAAAGAUGGAGUAUGCCCAACAUAGAUCCGCGAAUUAAUGCAUCAACCAUUGGAGAAGCCCUUCUGAAAUCACGAAGCUUUUUUACAAAGGACUAUUGGUUCUGGAUAUGUCUUGGGGCCCUUCUUGGGUUUUCGAUUGUCUUCAACAUAUUAUUUAUUCUAGCUCUAACUUUCCUGAAUCCUCUUGUUGAUGCUAAACCUGUUAUUAGAGAGGAAAAUGAAAUAAAGAAUGCAGACAAUCGCCUUAACACAAAGGAGGUUUAUGAAGGUAUUAAUAUGGCAGACGUGAGAAGAACUUCAAGAAGAAAUGAUUCGACUAUUGUUGCUCACCGUAUGGAAAGGAGAGGAAUGGUUUUGCCAUUUCAGCCUCUUUCACUUGCUUUCAGCCAUGUCAACUACUACAUCGAUACACCUUUUGAAAUGAAGGCUAUAGAGGUUAAAGAUAAUCGGUUGCAAUUGCUCAAGGAUGUUAGUGGUGCAUUUAGACCGGGGAUAUUGACUGCACUUAUAGGUGUUAGUGGUGCUGGAAAGACAACCUUGAUGGAUGUGUUAGCAGGACGUAAGACUGGUGGAUACACUGAAGGAAACAUCUUCAUUUCAGGAUACCCAAAGAACCAAUCAACAUUUGCUCGUGUUAGUGGUUACUGUGAACAAAAUGACAUUCAUUCACCAAAUGUCACUGUUUAUGAAUCUCUUCUAUACUCUGCAUGGCUACGUCUCUCUUCAGAUGUAAAUACAAGAACACGAAAGAUAUUCGUUGAUGAAUUGAUGGAACUAGUUGAGCUUAAUCCCUUAAAGGAUGCUCUGGUUGGCCUUCCUGGAGUAGAUGGUCUUACAAUAGAACAAAGAAAGAGGUUAACAAUAGCUGUGGAGUUAGUGGCAAACCCAUCCAUCAUUUUCUUAGAUGAACCAACAUCUGGUCUUGAUGCUAGAGCUGCAGCCAUUGUUAUGCGUACUGUAAGAAACACAGUUGACACUGGGAGGACUGUUGUUUGCACAAUCCACCAACCAAGCAUAGAUAUAUUUGAAUCUUUUGACGAGUUACUUUUGAUGAAGAUUGGAGGACAAAUUAUCUAUGCAGGACCUUUAGGCCAUCAAUCUCAUAAGCUUGUGGAAUAUUUUCAAGCUAUUCCAGGAGUUCCAAGGAUCAGGAAUGGUUAUAAUCCUGCUACAUGGGUGUUGGAGGUGACUUCUUCUUCAGUUGAACAUCAACUUAAUGUUGACUAUGCUCAGAUUUAUGCCAAAUCCACCCUUUAUCAGGACAACCAAGAACUAAUAAGGGAGCUUAGUGCACCCCCAAGUGGCUCCCAAGAUCUCUUUUUCCAAACCAAGUACACACAACCGUUUAUCAUACAGUGUAAAGCUUGUUUGUGGAAACAACACUGGUCUUACUGGAGGAACCCACAGUAUAAUCUCAUUCGAUUUAUCACCACCAUUGUGAUUGCUGGUCUAUUUGGUGCAAUUUUCUUCAAAAAGGGUGAAAAGAUACAAAAACUACAAGAGUUGCAAGAUUUCUUAGGGGCAUUGUAUGCUGUUGUUCUCUUCCUUGGAGCAAUCAACCAAAAUGCUGUGCAACCAGUUGUUGUUGUCGAGAGAACAGUUUUCUAUCGGGAAAGGGCUGCAGGGAUGUAUUCAUCCUCACCUUAUGCACUUGCUCAGGUGAUAAUAGAGUCUACAUACAUUGCAAUUCAAACAAGUAUUUAUGUCUUCUUUUUGUACCCGAUGAUGGGACUCGGGUGGACUGUUGCCAAGUUCUUGUGGUUCUACUACUAUUUGUUGAUGAGUUUCAUCGCCUUCACCUUAUCUGGAAUGGCGACCAUGGCAUUGACACCUGCUCCUCAGAUUUCUGCUGUUUUGAUUUACUUUUUCAUUUGCCUUUGGAACUUGUUCUCUGGUUUCAUCAUCCCACGACCGCAAAUACCAAUAUGGUGCAGGUGGUAUUACUGGGCAAACCCACUAAGCUGGACAGUCUAUGGUCUCAUUACCAGCCAAAUCGGUGAGAAAGAUGACAUGCUCGAGGUGCCUGGAGCUGGCAACAUGACGUUGAAAAGCUUCAUUAACGAGAGAUUUGGGUAUGAGUAUGACUUCCUUCCAAUUGUGGCAACAGCUCACAUUGGUUGGAUACUUCUGUUUUUCUUCAUUUUCGUCUAUGCCAUCAAGUACCUCAAUUUCCAAAACAGAUGACAUUUUGAUCGAUCCUUUAUAAAUAUGUAAUCAAUUUGUUCACAUUUUCCCCUAAAACGAACUCUCCAAAGAAUGGUGUAUAUCUUGUAAACAAUUAUAAAGUCCUAGAGAAAAUUGUGAAAAUAAAGAACGCGUGGUAGAUCUAUGUUUUCUCAAAAGAAAAAAGCAUGGACCUCCCACUGUAUGGUGCCA